GUGGCUGCUAAGGGGCCAGCUUUGGACAUCAAGGGUGUCCAUCUUGAAUGGGAUGGGGACGAAAAACUCAGGGAAAGAAUGCGAGAAGGGAAACCAAUUCUUAUGGAAGGCACCAACAAAGUGGUUGACAUCCAGGUACCAGAGUUCCAGCAGUUGGUCUUGAUUUUGGAGCCUGGGCUACAGGUAGUGGUUGACCAGAUCCUGGCAAAGAUGAAACGUGAAGAUGAGGAUGAGGUUGCAGAGGCAUCAGUAGAAGCAUCAGGCAAACCAACAGACAGCAAGACUGAGGAGCCACAACCAGUCAAACGGGAGGAAGCCAAGGAAAGUUCCCUGCAAAUGAAACGUGCGGCAAUCUUGGCCAAGUUGGAAGCGAGAUCACGACGAGACCCAGCCGAUAUCCGUGAUGGAGCUUCCAGUGACAAACCUGCUUUGACCUCAUCUGCUGACAAGAAGGGUGACUUUACGGAUGAUGAUGGUGAGGAAGAUGAGACUGAGAACCAAGCUUCAGCAAAUGGCAAGGCAUCUACAAAGAAGGCAAAACAUGAGAACUUGAAAAGCAAGAUGGAUGACAGCAAUUGGUACUACGCUGGGGACUGGUGGGAUGAAACUUGUUUUGAUGAGGACGGCAACCUUGAUGAGCAGGCUGUUUGGUGGAAGGCACUUGAGCAGCUCAACCCGAAAACAGCAACUGCCAAGAAGGUGAAAUCCCCCAAGAAGGUGAAAUCCCCCAAGAAGAAGGUGAAAUCCUCCGAGAAGGUGAAAUCACCCAAAACUCGCCAGGCUAAAGCCACCCCAAAGGCCAAGGCUGAGGCCAAAUGCAAAGCAAAGCAAGCAAAGCAACCAGCAGGGCAGUCAGCAAAUUCACCAGUGAAGAAGUCAAAAAAACAGAACAAGCAAGACGGGAAGAAUGAGACUAAAAAAAGGAAACCGUCACCAACCAAGAAAGCAGAGCCAGCCGCAGCUGCCAAAGAUCACAAGAAACAGAAAAAACACAUGGUGGUUGGGAAGUCUGUUCCGGAGCAGGUGAUUCUUUACACCAAGAGAAUCAACAAGUUUUUGAUGCCUUUUGUGGGCUCCCCGAACCGCAAGUGCGAUGAAGAACAAAAAAAAUUGAUUCGUUCCCAACUCUGGGAUUUGAAAGGGACUGACCUAUCCUACAACAUCUACUGGUCAAAGACGGGUGCUGGUUUGAAAUGCAAGAGUGAAGGAAGGGAUUUUGCCUACCGCCAAGUUGACAACCCCAAACGCGGAACUUGGCUACUUCGUAUGGCUACAGUAUUGAAAGCUGCUGAGCAAAUGGCAAAGCGCGUGGAAGAGAUUCGUGCUGACCCAAACGUGGACACGUCUGACGGUGUGAUCGAUCAUAAUUUGAUUUCCAACACCAAAGCUUCGCUAGAUGAAGCGGUGCCGAAACUUGAGAAUGCGUUCAAAGCGAGGAACCUGUGGAAGGAGUUCGCUUUUUGCAUCCUCUUGAUCCUUUGGAGCGGCUUCGAUCUGCGCCAGGAGUUCAGCUACAUCGAAUACUUCGCAGGGAUGGGAAACCUCACUAGAUGCAUGAAGUCGGCGCAGUAUCGAUCUAUCAGGUUAGCUGUGAUCGUAUUGCUGAAGGGUCUCCAUGAUGACUUUGCCUCGCAUUAUGGAAUGAAAUGCUCUUCCCUAUGCAAAGUCAAUGUUGGAACCAGUAUGAGGAUCUACCCAAUGGCCUUUGCUAGGGCAAUGGUGGACAUGGUCGAAGACCUGAAGGCAGGUGCGAAAGGGAAGCCAGAACUACCAGCUCAGGGCGCUGGUGUUCAGCAGGUUGCUAAUCAGUCUCAACCAGUGCUGGGUAGUGAAGAAGAACAAGAAGCUGAAUUGCUGCAGCAAUUAGAGGGUUUGCCUCCCGAUCUUGCUGAUGCUGAAACCUUGCCGGUCAGCGCCUCAAUAGCUCUGGUACCAGUGGUGACUCCCAAGAGGGGUCUGGAUGCCUCUUUGCCUAGCCCGGCACCAAGCAGCUCAGAUACCACGACCACAACUCCCAAAGAACGUGCAGAAGAUGUUCCACGUUUUCUGGGGGGUUUGACAAAGCGCCAGGAGAAAUUCAUGGCGGAGCUGCACGUGCUGGUGAAGCGCAAACAGGCGUACAAGGUGACCAUUAGUGAAGGUUGGUUCAGCGAGCAGGAGAUGCGGGAUGAUCUUGGUUGGAAAGAGUGGGGGGCCCUGGAGUGCAAUGCCUACGACGGGCAGCAGGAGUUUUGGAUUGUCACAAAGGAGACAGCUGAACGCACUGAAGAGACCAGCUUUGAGGCAGAUUCUGACCCUACGUGCCAGUUUGAGAACAAGUUCGCACGCUUGGGAGACUUAGAUACCCGAGAUGCCAGGGAGAAGCAAGUUCGCUUGGAGGAUCCAAAGCAUGACAAGUACGCUCAGACCAGAGAAGCCCUGAAGAAAGUCUUGGAUUCAGUCAUGUCGAAGUCGGGCAAACUUCGAUCACUGGCCCGAGAUCUUUCUAGAAAUUACACUGAUGAUGCGGCCAAGUCGUGCAUUUCUACCUUGGAGUCCGAGAUCAAGAAGAUCGAUGCCGAAUAUGACAAAUGCAAUGAGACAUGGGCACAGGGAGAAAUGGACCAGUUUCGAUCGGAUAAGUUUUACACCAUGGCUGAAAAGGCCAUGAAGGAUGCAACUUUCGUGCCAGGGUCCAAAACUGGAUUUCACAUCAAGUGUAGCAAGGCCACGGCGAUCGAGCUCAAAGUCAGGAACGCCAAGAAGUACUACUCCAAGAGCAGCUCUCAGAGCAGCCCCAAGAAUACGGAGGGAACUGUGAAGGCAAAGGUAACAAAGGGAAAUGCUGUGAAGCCGAAAGGUCAAACUGCUGGCAAAGCACUGCGCGGCCUCAAUGAAGAUAUCGGCAAUGGAAAAAAAUGUGUGGAUGAUCAGCUCUUGCAACCAGUGAAACAUGACUUGCAACCAGUGAAAAAACGACGAACCGAUUUGGAGAAAUGGUCCGAUGUUUUCUAUUCCCAUUCCAAGCUUACCCCACAGCUCCUCCAACUCCAAAAAGAUGCUGAAAGCCAAGUGCCCGGGCGCAUCUCCUUCCAGCUACCUGAGAUCGGAGCAGUGGCUGGCAAAGCUCUGCUUCAUGCGAUGGCUGUCUUGGAUAGACUAUUUGCUUCCUGGUAUGCCUGGCUGCAGAAACGUCAGAGCCGGAGGGGACACCACGAUCCCGGACCAAUCGACCUUGGACGGGCUUCCUGUGCAGCGGCUAUUCGCACUGCCAAGAACUUUGUUGAGGAUCUUGGUGAACAGGCUGUGUCCCGUUCUGCUGGCAUUGCCCAAUUAGCGCGGCGGUCCGAAAAAAAUGGUGAAAGAGAUUGCCGAAGGAUCAUGGUAAAUCAGUUUGGUCUCACCUUACAAAUUGAAAAGGCUCAGCUACCUGGAAGAAAUGGCAACACUGUUCCAGUUCUCAGUCUGAGAUCUUGGUUUAGCUUUCUGCUGAAGCAAAACCAUUGGCACAUUUUGUGCGGCCUUUACCGUCCAGAUUGGGUCCGGGAAGAGGCGAUCCUUCAGUCUUUUUGGGAUCAUUACCGGGUCCACUGCCCGCAGCAUGAAAUUUUUGAAAAGGAGAGGCGUGGCGAGGUCGUGCUCCGUAGGUGCGCGCCUCUCCUGUUGCAUGGAGAUGAAGGACGUGGGCGGCGACAUAGUGCCUUCCUGGUAGUUAGUUGUGCCAGUGUUCUGGGACGGGGGUUGCAGGAGCAUGCCCGGAAGGGCAAACGAGAGUAUCUGAGAAUGUUGCCCAAUUACAAGGGCCAUACUUACACCUCCAGGUUCCUUAUUGCUGCUCUUCCCAAGCAUUCAUAUACGAAUUCCAAUGCUGAAGUUUUUGACCAGCUCAUGAGCUUUGCAAGUGAUGAAUUUUCUCACCUAGUCACUGAAGGUGUCACCCAUGAAUGCCGUGGCCAAUUCUGGGGAUGCCUUUUGCAAGUGACCGGCGAUUGGCCAUGGCUGGUCAAGAGUGGCAACCUCACAAGAAGCUUUUGGAACGCAGAAAAGCACAAGGAAACUGCCGGAAAGAAAAGGAAAACUCCUGUUGGAGUUUGCCAUCUUUGCUGUGCGGGACAACCCAUGUAUGAUUUUGAGGAAAUUGGAAGCAGGUCUCCGAAAUGGCUUAAGACUCUGCAUGCAGAAAGUCCAUUCAGAGUACAACCGCCUUUGCUCAAGGUUCCCCACGUUUGCGGUGAAAGUGCUGGACUGUGGUUCUUCGAUUUGUUUCACACAUGGCACAUAGGAUGUGGGAAGGCAUUCUUAGCCAGUUUUCUGGUCCUUUUAGCUGAACAACGGCCAGAGAGCAACAUCGAUUUGAGGAUGGAGGCUUUGGGUCAAGACUACAUUUCCUUUUGCAAAGGCCGUGGCAAGCGGCCGUUCAUGACCAAGCUGAACAAGGAGUCUCUCAACUAUCCUACGACGCAGUGCUUUCCCAAUGGCAGCUGGCACAAGGGGGAGCUCACUACCAUGUUGAUGCAAUAUGUGGAGCAUCGUUUUUCCAAUGAAGAUUGGAGCGACUUCCCGGUGUCAUUGAGACUAUCUGGUGAAGCCGCUGUUGCGGUCAAUGCAUCCAUGCGGGUGCUGUACUCAGGGAAAGCUUGGCUAUCAGUCUCAGAGGCCGGAGAAGCUGCAGAGCAAGGCCUACGUUUCCUUCGACGUUACAGCGAUCUUUGCAAGAUUUCACAUGGAGAAGGGCGUACGCUUUUUGUCCUUCAGCCAAAAUUUCAUGCCUAUCACCAUCUGAUGAUCUAUUUGCUGGAGGGUUCUUCCAGAGGAGCAGUGUUGAAUCCUUUGUGCUAUGCCACGCAGCCUUCAGAAGACUUCGUGGGGCGACCUUCACGUCUUAGCAGACGUGUGACCAGUCAACGGCCGUGCACUGACAAAUUAAGUCGAACUGCAAGUCGCCAGGGGAGCCAAAAGAUCUAUGAGCUGACCGGGCAGAAAG